AUGAAGGGGCUGGUGCUCGUGCUGCUGGUGGCCCUGGCGGGCGGGCAGAAGCGGGACCUGGAGCCCGUGUUCCGCGCUGGCCGGAGCUACCGCUACAGCUACGAGGGGCUGGUGCUGCAGCGGCUGCGGGGCGGCGGGGCGGCCGCGGCCGGCGUGAGGCUGCGCUGCCAGCUCGAGCUYGGCCGCCUGGACGGCGCCCGCCACGUGCUGAGGAUUCAAUCACCAAAGCUGGACGAAUACAAUGGAUUCUGGCCCAGGGACCCAUUCACCCCGGCUUCAAAGCUCACAGAAACCAUUGCUUCAUGUUUCACCCAAGUCUUUACGUUUGAAUAUAGUGAGGGAAGAGUUGGAAAUAUUCAUGCCGUUGAAGACUGUCCUGUCAUAUGUAUGAACAUAAUGAGAGGAAUUCUGAACAUCAUGCAGCUAACCCUGAAAAAGUCACAAAAUGCAUAUGAAGUAAAAGAGGAUGGGAUUGAAGGCAUGUGUCAAACCAGAUAUGUUAUCCAGGACAACAGCAAGAAUAAUUAUGCCACCAUAUCCAAAAGCAAGGAUUUAUCCGACUGCCAGGAUAAAGCAGUGAAGAACAUAGGAAUGGCUUAUAUCCGCCCUUGUCCUACCUGCCCCCUGAAAGUCAGAAAUAUUAAAAGCACCAUGAUGUUCACCUACAAGAUGAAGUAUGAUGACAGCGGGGCCUUGAUGACAUCUGCUGUGUCUGAACAGAUGUAUCAGAUCGCUCCAUUCAACGAAGCUGACGGUGUUGCUAUCACAGAAGUAAGACAAAAAUUAACUUUGGUUGACAUUAAAGACACUGCCAUAAGUGCACCAGAUGCUCAGCUGCACAACCAUGGGAAUCUUCACUACCGUUUCUCAGGAGAACUACUCCAGAUGCCAAUCCAUCUCAUAAAGAUCAAAAAUCCAGAACUGCAGGUAUUAGAAAUACUGCGAAAAUUAGUUCAGUACAAUGAAGAAGGAUCCAGCAAAGAAGCUUCAACCAAAUUCUUGCAGAUGAUUCAGCUUCUUCGUUCAGUGACCUUGGAUCAAAUUGAGUCUUUGUGGGAGCAAUUUGCAAAAAAACCUCUUUACAGGCACUGGUUUCUGAGUGCAGUGUGUGCUGCUGGAGCUACUGACACAUUCAAAUUCCUUAAGCAAAAACUUCACCAGGAGGAGCUGAACACCUGGGAAGCAGCCGUGACACUCCCCCUUGCCUUCCAUUUCGUUACACCCAAUAAACAAACCCUAGAAAUCGCGUCAACUUUUCUGACAUGUCCUCAAAUCAAAAAGGCACCAAUGCUUCGAAUACUUGUUUACCUGGGAUAUGGUUGCAUGGUAGAUAAAUACAGUGCUCAGGUUUCAGUUCUGCCUAAUGAACUUCUUCAGCCUCUCCAUGAUCUUGCUACUGAAGCUGUCAGCAAGGGCCAUGUUGGAGAUAUGUCCUUGGCUCUGAAGGCCAUGGGCAAUGCAGGAAUGCCAGCCAGUAUCAAACGCAUCCUGAAGUUUUUGCCAACCUUUUCGCCUGCUGCUGCUGCACUACCSAACAGAAUUCAUGCUGAUGCUGUGUUGGCCUUGAGAAAAACUGCUAGAAAAGACCCUGCAAAAGUAAGAGAAAUCUUGCUCCAGACCUUUAUGGACAGUUCACUUGCUCCUAAUGUCCGAAUGGUGGCCUGUGUUGUCCUCUUUGAGACUAAGCCUGCUCUUCCAACUGUCACAGCAAUAGCCAGCUCGCUAGUAAAGGAGCCCAGCUUACAGGUAGCCAGUUUCACAUAUUCACACAUGAAGGCUUUGGCAGUAGGCAGGAUCCCACAGCUCUACAAUUUAUCUGCUGCUUGCAACAUCGCCAUCAAGCUACUAAGCCCCAGACUUGAUAGACUCAGCUAUCGUUACAGCAAAGUCAUUCAUGUCGGCGGUUAUUCCAAUGAAUAUAAAGUUGGUGCAAUUUGGAGGGCCUAUCUAAUGAAUAAUCCUGGCACAAUGUUUCCAUCUGAUAUAGUCACAAAAGUAAGAGGAUAUUAUGCAAAUACCGCAAUGGAUAUUGUUGAGGUGGCUCUCCGCUCACAAGGUCUAAGCAACAUUAUUAGGAGACGUAAUAUUCCCUUUACUGAAUAUGACACAUACAAGACUSUGAAAGAACUUGGUAAAACGCUUCUGGGGUGGAAAGAAUUGCCUCCUGAAGACCCUCUGGUGUCUGCUUAUGUGAAAAUAUUUGGCCAGGAGAUUGCCUUUGUUGAUGUUGGUAACGAUGCCAUUCAGCAGGCUGUGACGAGCCUAACCAGAUCAUCAAGCUGGCAGGCAGCGGUGACCAGAGCGAUGCAGGCGGCCCGCCAAGGGCUCUUGGGGGAGCUGAUGCUGCCGGGGCUGGUGGCCGAGCUGCGGCACGUGGUCCCCACAGCCAUGGGCCUCCCGCUCGAGUUCGGCCUCCACGCCAUCACCCUGGUCCGGGCCGUGGGCGCCGUUAAUAUGCAGAUGUCACCACCAUUACCUGGCAAUUUUAAACUAUCUCAGUUGCUGGACACCAAUAUGGAACUUCAUGCUGAUAUCAAGCCAAAAAUAUAUGUUCAUGUGAUUGCAACGAUGGGGAUUAAUACACAGUACGUUCAGAGUGGUCUUGAAUUUCAAGCAGAGUUCAGUGCCAACGCUACAAUGAAAUUUGAUGCCAGGAUAAACAUGAAAGAAAAAAGCUUUAAGCUUGAAACCGCUCCCUGCCGUCAGGAGGUUGAGCUAGCAGCUGCAAGGAGUGAAGUUUAUGCUAUUUCAAGAAACAUAGAAGUAAAUUCAGAGAAGAGAUCCCAUAUUCUCCCUGAAGGAGAAGUACCAAGUAUCCCUGAGCAGCCAUUUCAGUCAGCAGAAACGUYCUCCAGAGAGCAAAGUGAGAAGCAAAAAAAUAAUCCUAGUGUGAUAUCAAAGGGAUACCAGCAAAGCUCAGAAGAGAAACAUCACCACAGUGCAGGAGGAAGAUCUUACACACACACCUUCUGUUGCAAACUASAUAGUUUGGGAUGUUAUGCUUGUCUCAGCCAAAAAUCACGAGAUUCUGCUUUCCUAAGAAACACGUACCUGCACAAAUUCAUUGGAGAACAUGAAACCAAAAUAUUUUUGAAACCAGUUAUUGCAGAUGCUGAUAUUGAAAAAAUACAGCUGGAGAUUCAGGCAGGAUCCAGGGCAGCUUCCAAAAUAAUUGACGAGGUCAACUCGGAAUCUGUGGAAAAGGAUACACCGUCUCUAUAUGAGGACAUUAAAGCUAAACUGAAGAAGAUCCUAGGCAUUGAAAAGGUGUUCAAGGUUGCAAACAAAACAUGGUCCCAUAAGAAACAGAUUCCUAAAAACAAGACUGCGGUUACAGACCCCCGGGCAGCUCCUUUCUCCAGUUCAUCCUCUUCUUCCACUGCUUCCUCUCCUGAUGGCAAAGAGCCCAGAAACGACCAGGAGAAAGAUGCAGUAAAGCAAUCUGGAAGGAAACGUGGCAGCAGCAGCAGUAGUAGCAGCAGCAAGAGCACCUCCAGCUCUGCUAACAGUGAAAUCUGCAGCAGCAGCAGCAGCAGCAACAGCAGCAGCAGCAGCAGCAGCAGAGAGCAUCACUCUGGAAACAAGCACUGCAGUGGGGAUAGUGAAUAUUCCAACCCACAGGCCAAUCUGGAUAUUUACCACUUUCAAUUCAAGCCAAUCGAUGAACAGGAUUCAGAAAGGAAAGUCCUGAACACCAGCAGCAGUAGCAGCAGCAGCUCCUCCUCAUCUUCAUCUUCAUCUUCAUCUUCAUCUUCAUCUUCUAGUGAUGAAGGCAACUCUACAGCCGUAUCUAAGCCUAAAUUCUUGGGUGAUGUUAAGCCACCAGUAUUGGCUGUAGUUCUUCGUGCCAUCCAAAAAAAUAAGCACCAGGAAGGAUUCAAGCUUGUGCUCUACACAGAUAUACAGCCCACGAGCGCUAGGAUACAGAUGUUUGUUUCGAGCAUCGCUGAAUCAAGCAGAUGGAAACUCUGUGCUGAUGCCUCAACAAUAAAUCUCCACAAAGCACUGGGGUCUCUAAAAUGGGGUCAAGAUUGCCAGGAAUAUAAGAUUACCACUAAGAUUGCAACAGGGCAGUUUGCUUCUAAUCCAGCUGUGCAGAUGAAGCUCGAGUGGCCCAAAGUACCCUCAAGAAUCCGGAGAGCUGCAAGAUGGUUCUACACAUUUGUUCCAGGAGCGGCCUAUUUGCUUGGGUACUCCCAAAGGCAACAGCACAAUCCCUCUCGACAGGCGACCAUGGUUGUGGCUCUGACGUCUCCAAGAACCUGUGAUGUGGUUCUCAAGAUGCCUGAGGUCACAAUUUUUGACAGAGUCAUAAGGCUUCCCCUACCAUUCCCUUCAAGACCAAGUACACCCGCUUCAACACUGCUGUCCUCUGACUCAAACUUCUUUUCCAAAGCAGCAUUUUCAGUCAUUGAAAAAUUUAAAGCUCGUUGUUCAGUUUCCCAAAAUAUGAUCACAACCUUCAAUGGAGUUGAAUUUAACUAUUCAAUGCCUGCAAACUGCUACCAUGUCUUGGCUCAGGACUGUAGUCCAGAACUGAAAUUCCUGGUCAUGAUGAAGAGAUCUGAAGAGUCUGCUGACCUUACAGCAAUAAAAGUCAGACUUGCCAAUCAUGAGAUUGACAUGUAUGUUUCCAAUGGACUCCUCCAGCUGAAGAUAAAUGGUGUUCAGACUCCAACAAAUGUUCCAUACACAUCUAAUUCUGAUGCAAGCCUGUUCAUCAGCAGUGUAAAGAAAGGCUUGUCAUUAAAAGCCCCUGACUAUGGCAUAGAUCAACUAUAUUACGAUGGACACACACUAGAGAUUCAGGUUGCUUUCUGGAUGGCUGGAAAAACAUGUGGUAUUUGUGGAAAGUAUGAUGGGGAGAAGGAAAGGGAAUAUCAAAUGCCUAGUGGAUAUUUAGCUAAAGAUCCAGUGAGUUUUGCUCAGUCUUGGAUUGUCUCAGAAGACCCUUGUGCUGGAGCUUGCAAGCUGCAGCGCAAGCUUGUGAAGAUCGAGAAGCCCGCUGCGUUUGAAAAGAAGGCCUCAACAUGCUACUCCGUGGAGCCGGUUCUGCAGUGCGUAGAAGGCUGCUCACCAACCCAAGUGAUCCCGGUGCCUCUUGGCUUCCACUGCGUACCCGUCGACUCCGCUCCGGGCGYGGAGGACGGCGCGAGGCUGGAGCAGGAGGCGGAGGACGUGGUGAGCGCGGCGGGCGCGCACACGGCCUGCUCCUGUGCCCGCCAGUCCUGCCCGCCCUGA